AUGUUUUUGAGCUUGUUGUCUUAUGCCGGUAUCGUGCUGGGGUUUGUGCUUUUGACACUGUCCAUUGCCUCUGGGCUUUUCUACAUCAGUGAAUUGGUGGAGGAACAAUCAGCACCUACAAAAAAAUUCUUAACAAGAAGUAUUUACACAAUCAUUGGUAUUUAUGUACUGUUAUGGCUAUUUGACGGGUUCCCAUUCUGGCUCACAUUGUUUUCAAUUGUUACAUAUGUGAUAUAUUUACAAAAUUUAAAACAUUUCCCAUUGAUUCAAUUGAAAAGUCCCGUUUUCAUUGCAAGUUGUAUCUUGGUUGUCGUUAAUCAUUACUUAUGGUUUCAACAUUUCAGCAAUCCAAAGAUUCCAGCACCACAAUAUAGAUUGGAUCCAAAUUAUAAAGCACCAAGAAUUGCUAGUUUUUCAGAAGUUGCAUCAUUUUUCGGUAUUUGUAUUUGGUUUAUCCCAUUUGGAUUAUUCGUUUCAUUAAGUGCUAGUGAUAAUAUUCUUCCAACAGCUUCAGCUAAUUUCAACAGUGGUAAUUUCGAUGAUAUUUCAGGCAAAUCUAAACGUGGUAAAACUCAAGGUUUGGCUAAAGUUGUUGUUGGUACAGUGAGAGACUGGAUAUAUUCUGUUGCGCGUGCUUUUGGUUACGAAUUGGACCCUGAUCAUGGGAGAAUUGUGUAG